AUGAUCUCCCUAAAGCACCCCGGGCGCACCGGGCAGGUGGUCCCGGAGCCGUCGUCGUCCCGCGUCGUCCCACGCCCAGUCCCCGAAUCGCACGCCCAGGAUCCGCGCGGGUACCAGCUCGCCCAGCUGCGCCGCCGCUUCUCGCCCCGCGAGACCGCCGUCGACGGCGCCACCUCGCUCGUCUUCAAGCUGGUCCCGUCGGACCCCGACUUUCCCUUUGAGCUGGCGCACCUCGAGUGCGACCUGCGCGUGCCGGACGCCUACCCUGACGCGCGACCCCAGCUGCGCGUCCGGAACAGCGACAUGCCCCGCGGCUUCGCUAUCAACGUCGAGCGCGGGUGGGAGCGGCUGGCCGAGAAGAAGACGUCCACGCUGCUGGCCCUCGUCAACGCGCUCGACAAGAACCUCGAGACCUUUUUGUCGGAGCAAAAGGCCGAGACGGUCAAGCUCGUGCCCGUCAAGGACACGCGCCACCUCGACACUCAGCUCGACACUCGAGACUCGCCAGCCCCCUCGGCCGCACAAGCGCAACCACAACCGGCCGCGAAGCCGAGACCGCCCCCCUACAACCCGGAGCCGUCGUACACCAGGGAACAGACCGCCGAGGCCAAGGCCCGCCGCGCGCAAGAGGUGCGCCAGCUCGAGGCCCGCAUGGGCAGGCUGCCCCGGUUCCGCCGAUCCCCCGACGGCGUCGUCUUUACGCUCCCCAUCGAGCCCAAGCGCCGCGACGAGCUCCCGCCCGGCCUGCACUCGGUCAAUAGCCUGCAUCUCAUCGUGCCGCUUCUCUACCCGCUGCAGGACCUGCGCGUGCAACUCAACGAGGCAGAUGCCGCCGACGCGGAACCCGUGGAGGAGCUAUUUACGCAGCGCGCCGCCUCGCAAAAGAGCAUGUCCCUCAUGAGCCAUGUCAACUACCUCGCCCAGAACCUGCACACCCUCGACAAGCAGGCCAGGCUGGCCAAGAAGGCCCAGGAGGCCGAGGCAGAGAAGCUGGCCGAGCGAGAAGCGGCGCAGAAGGCACAGGAAAAGGCACAGGAUAAGCCUCCGGAGACGGAGCACAGCCACAUCAAGGUCAUACAGCGGCCGCCGGAAUGGGACAGGGACACGGACUCGGACGAGGACACGGAGGAGUCGUCGGACGACGGCGGUGCCGUACUCCAGUCCGACCAACCCGCGGAGACGCCUACCGAGGCGCCCACCGAUACCCCCGAGCGCGGCACCAUGAUUUCGUUCCCAUACAUUGAGCUCCACGGCAUCGAGGUCCUCCAAAUCUCCAUACUGAGCCUUACCGUCAAGUGCGACCGCUGCAGGACCCCCAACGACAUGACGGGCCUCAAGCCCGGCGUCGAGAAAAAGGGCAGCUGCAAAAAGUGCGGCACCCAGCUGACGGCCCUCUUCCGCCAGCAGCUCGUCCACCAAAACUCGACGCGCGCCGGCUUCAUCGACCUGUCGGGCUGCCGCGUCGCCGACAUGCUGCCCAGCACCUUUGUGCCGACGUGCUCGCGCUGCUCGACGCCCUGCCAGGGGCUCGUCUCCGUCCGCGGCGAGACCACGACCAACGUCUGCCGCGAGUGCCACGGCAAGUUCACCUUCAAAGUGCCCGAGAUCAAAUUCCUCUUCAUCACCCCCGGGUCGCAGGCCCCGCCGACCAUGGGGCCCCGGCGCCGCGUGGAGAAGCUCGGCCUCCACGCGGGGGAGCCGCUGCCGGACCGGGGUGCCUGCGCCCACUACCGCAAGUCGUUUCGCUGGUUCCGCUUCUCGUGCUGCAGCCGCGUCCACCCCUGCGACCGCUGCCACGACGCCGCUGAGGACCACAUGAACGAAUGGGCCAACCGCAUGAUCUGCGGCUUCUGCAGCCGCGAGCAAAACUAUGCCGUCGACUCGUGCACCUUUUGCGGCCGCAGCGUCAUCGGCAAGCGUGGAAGGGGGUUCUGGGAGGGCGGCAAGGGCACCAGGGACCAGCGCAUGAUGAGCAGAAAGGACCCGCGCAAGUACAAGCGGCUGGGGCCGGGUUGA